UGGAUCGCCCACCCGGCUCCAGGAUCUUCCACCCGGAAAUUGUCCUGGCCGUGUAGACUCUAGUCCGCUCCUCCCGGGAGACUGGUAACAAUUGCGGCAAGCGGGUUGUGUAGUUGUGUGAGCCACAGCUUCGGGUCAUGGAGGGGGACGGCCCCGCCGCCGCGGCCCCGCAGUACCAGCCGGUCUGCCCUACGCGAGACGCGUGUGUCUACAGCAGCUGCUAUUGUGAGGAAAACAUUUGGAAGCUCUGUGAAUACAUCAAAACACACAACCAAUAUCCACUGGAGGAAUGCUACGCUGUCUUCAUAUCAAACGAGAAGAAGAUGGUAAGUUGGUACCUAUUUGGAAACAGCAGGCAAGAUCUGCGAACGGACCUGUGAUCUGGGAUUAUCAUGUCGUUCUGCUUCAUGUGUCAAAGGAAGGACAGAGCUUCAUUUAUGAUCUUGAUACUAUUUUGCCAUUUCCCUGCCCUUUCAACAUUUACAUAGAAGAUGCCCUUAAGUCUGAUGAUGAAAUUCAUCCACAGUUUAGGAGGAAAUUCAGAGUGGUUCGUGCCGACUCCUAUUUGAAGAACUUCGCUUCUGACCGGUCUCACAUGAAAGACUCCAGUGGGAACUGGAGAGAACCUCCUCCAGGGUACCCCUGCAUUGAAACUGGAGACUCCAAAAUGAACCUGAAUGACUUCAUCAGCAUGGACCCUGCAGUAGGAUGGGGAGCUGUCUACACUCUGCCUGAGUUUGUGCAUCAGUUCAGCAGCAAAACUUACUGAGCCUGAUGCUCGGCGCGUAACUAGAGAAACUCCGGGGUUUGAAUAAGCCAUCCUUCCAUUUAAGAGAGCAGCGUGGUGCAGGGGUCCUAGAGGUAUAUAUUUCUCAUUAAAUUUGAGUGGAAACAUUAGUGAACACAAAUAAAAAUGAAUGAAUAAGCCCUCUGCCCUCUUUUUUUUUUUUUUUUUUUUUUUUAGCUUGGGGACCUACCCCAGAGUUCUAUCUCCAACCCUAAUCAGUCAGUCUCCAGCCUCAGAUAUCGAUAUGCCACACUUGGUAUAUGGUUGCUAAAAUGUUUCCGUGGCUUACUUGCUUCAAUGUGUGAUGACGUAGGCCAGCAAUUGCUUUUGUCAAAGUAGAAGUGUGGACUUGGAGUCAGCUCCUUUUGUCUGCUCUCUGCUUCCUGUCUGGCUAGACCUAAUCUCCUUGAGUACAGGCAGGGUUGUGGCCUGUGGCUCUAAGACUCUGUUGCCCUUAGAGGUACCGGUAAAAUGUUUCUAGAGACAGCUCUGCUGCUUGGAAAGGGACAGUAUUGUGAGCUGAAUCAGCUGUAAGUAUUAGUCUUUUUGGACUACAAUGUUUCAAAAAGUUGCAGAUAUCUUGUCUGAGUGUUAUUUGGCCCAUUUAUAUAUGUAGUUUUAAAUAAAAUUGACUUGAAAUUAAUUUUGCUUUUGAA